GUCUGCACCUACAGUUUAGAGUCACGUCAGAGACAGACUGAAAGCUACAUAUAUGGACUGAUAAAUAUUAAAAAGAAUGGAGGAUGGGAUGGGAAUGACCCAACAGUGUUCAUAGGAGGGGCAUUAUUUACGAGUUUACCUGCAGGAAGGUGAGCUCUGUGUGCGGAACAGACUCCGGCGCCUCCCUUCAUCGACUGUUCCUCCCUCCCCCCAACCAACCACCAACAACAUGGGUCAUUGCAGUCCACCUGCUGCGCCUUGUAGUCAAGAUUAUUCUAUUUUAUUCUAAGGUAUCUAUGAAAGGUCUCUAGAACAUUGCACUCUGUUUUAGAGUUAACCAGGAUUCUCGAUGAAACCAUUAAGUGAACAAUAGCGAGCAUCAGAAGAAAAGCGCUGGGGAGAUGCCAAGUGAGGAGGAGGCGAGAACAGCACCUGGAAACGGUGUGAAUGUGAACGCAGCACCUACAAGAGAGAGUUCAGGACAGCAGAACGGGUCUUCUCGCGAUGCCGUCAGCCCCGUAUCCCAGUCCCAACCUGAGCAUCAAGCUCCAUCCUCUGCACCUGCUCUGCCUCCCAGAGAACAGUGGGGUGGCAAAUAUGAAUUUCUUCUUUCCUGUAUUGGCUACUGUGUUGGCCUGGGAAAUGUCUGGAGGUUCCCCUACCUCUGCUACCGAAAUGGAGGAGGUGUGUUUCUCAUCCCGUACUUCAUCAUGCUUUUCUUCACUGGAAUGCCUCUCUUCCUCAUGGAGCUCAGCCUGGGCCAGUAUGGAGCUGCAGGUCCCAUUACCGUCUGGAAGUGCUGUCCGCUCCUCAAAGGGAUUGGCAUAGGGAUGCUGUGUGUGUCCAUUCUUGUGUGUCUCUAUUAUAAUGUCAUUAUCGCUUGGACAUUCUACUACCUGGGCAGCUCUUUCCAGAGCCCUCUUCCCUGGUCAUGUGAUGCCCUUCAUAACAUUGCCUUUUGUGGAAACAAAACUAAUGUCACCCAAAGUCCCUCUGAGGUCUUCUGGAAUGUAAAGGUUCUGGGUGUGGUGAACAGUGAAGGGCUGCAUGAUCCCGGUCCAGUGCGUUGGCCUCUCGCUCUCUGUUUGCUGGCUGCCUGGGUGGUCAUUUUUCUCUGCAUGCUCAAGGGCAUUCGCAGCUCCGGCAAGGUGGUGUAUGUGACUGCCACCUUCCCCUAUUUUGUGCUGGUGGUCCUCAUCAUCAGAGGGGCCACCCUUGAGGGCUCCUUAAACGGUGUCGCCUUUUACCUCACCCCAAACUGGGUCAAUUUGGCUGAUGCACAGGUGUGGAAUGAUGCUGCGUCGCAGAUCUUUUAUUCUUUGGGUAUUGGUGUUGGUGGCCUCCUGUCAAUGGCGUCUUACAAUAAAUUUGACAAUAAUGUCAUCAGGGAUACUCUGAUUAUCACCAUAGGGAACUGCGCUACCAGUUUUUUUGCUGGCUUUGCCAUUUUCUCUAUCCUGGGUCAUAUGGCUUGGAGGAAGGGAGUGCCCGUGGGUCAGGUGGCAGACACAGGUCCUGGUCUGGCGUUUGUUGCCUACCCAGAAGCCCUUGCUCUUCUCCCUGGAUCAGUGUUUUGGUCCAUUCUGUUUUUUCUCAUGCUCUUUAUGCUGGGAGUGGACACACUGUUUGGUAACAUGGAGGGCAUCUGUACAGCAGUGAUGGAUGAGUUUCCUCAGCUCAGAUCCAAUCUGAAGCACAAGACGCUGUUCCUGGCGCUGCUCUGUUUCGCCUUCUAUCUGAUGGGCCUGCUGCUUAUCACUGAUGGUGGGAUAUACUGGUUCACGCUUAUAGACUCCUUCAGCACUAGCUUUGGUCUCAUCAUCAUUACUCUCUUCAUGUGCAUUGGCAUCUCAUUCUUCUAUGGGGUGAACCAGUUCUGUCAGGACAUUGUGGACAUGAUCUGUCACUGCCCGCCCUGGUGCACAAAACUGCUGUGGUACUUUAAAGCCUGCUGGGUGGUUUUCACUCCCUUUCUGCUUACAUUCAUCCUGACCUACAUCUUCAUCGAGAUGUACCGCACGUCUCUGACCUACGGCUCAUACGUGUUUCCGACCUGGGGCAAAGCGCUGGGCGUGUGUAUGGGUGCCUUCUGCUGUCUGCAGAUUCUCAUCUGGGCCAUUGUGGCUGUCAGUAAAGAGUCUGGCACUCUUAAAGAUCGCUUUAAGAAAUCCAUUCGUCCCCUCAACUCCUGGCGUGUUAACAACAUAAACACGACCUCACAGGAGCAGCACGUGGAGCCCCAGAGAAUAGAGGGACCCUUCACGGUUAACCUGACUGAAGCAGACUUCACCGCCAUGAACUGGGAGGCCAUAAGCGAGGCGUAACACUCU